AUGUGCUCAAGGUCAAGUAUCGUGAUUCAACUUCCAUGGCAAGGAUUAGGUGGUCGAAUCACACCGAAAAUUGGUCUGUUUCAAGUUCUCAGAAAGCUUAGCCUCCAUGAUAAUGCCAUUGAAGGUUCGAUUCCGAAGGAAUUAGGGUUCCUUCCGAUUCUCAGAGGACUUCGAUUGUUUAACAACAGGUUCACUGGUUCGAUUCCUCCCGUAUUGGUUUCAUGUCCAUUGCUUCAAACUAUUGAUUUGAGUAAUAAUUCUUUGGUGGGUGUAAUCCCAGAAAGUCUUGCUAAUUGUUCUAAGCUUUAUAAG